CGCCACUUUAGGUUACACAACGUUAAACAUGCGACCGUGCCCCGUUGUGUCUCCUUCUUCCUCCCUCCUCGUCAGCCGCCGAAGCUCUCAGGAUCUCACUCACAGUCACAUCUCCUCCGCUCCCUGUUCUUUUCUCUGCAAAAGUACCUCAGGAACCACAUAUGAUGUCGAUCUAAAGUGCGUUCACGAUAAUGAGGACAGAAAGCCAGUCAUGGAAACCAAGUUCAGCGCUCAAGUUAGCAUGCUCAGAAACCUGGAGGAUGCCAAGGUUGAUGUUGUAGAAUGUUCGAAUUCAGGCAGUGCUGCUAGAUGCUUGGAUCCUCAGGAUCCAGAUGCCACUGAGUACUCGAGCUCAUUCAGUGGCACGGUUUCUGAUUCCGAGCAUUGCUCGGGAUUGAGCGAUGCUGAAGUCGAGUCACAGUUCUCGAGAGACAAUAACUUGCCCCCAGCAUUCGACGUGUUCAACGGUAUACUUCAUGUAAGAAAGAAGAAAUUGACGAAUCACUGGAGGAACUUCAUACGUCCUCUGAUGUGGCGGUGCAAGUGGACAGAACUGAGAAUAAAGGAAAUCGAGUCCCAGGCGCUAAAUUAUGCCCAUGCACUCUCUGCUUAUGAACAAGAAAGCCAAACAGGAUUGGACGAAUAUAAAGCGGUUGAAGAAUUCAGUUCGAAGUCAUUACCAUUCUCUCAUAAACACGGCAGCAGAAGGAUCAUGAAGAGGAGGAAAAGGAAAAGGGUCGAAGAGAUCACUGAUGUAUCAUCAUACAUGUCCCAUCACAAUCUUUUCUCCUUUCUCGAAAAUAGGAGGCUCAAUUUGGAAGCAAAUCUGGCAGCCAAUGAAGUUAAUCGUUCAGACAAGACUGGAACCGCUGCUGACGAUUUUGGAGCUACCCCAGAUCGGUCAUCUUUCAAGUCGAGACAGCUGGACUCUAACUUAGAGCAGGUCCUCCAAAAGAUUGAGGUGGUCUACUCUCGAGUCCACAAGCUGAGGAAUCAAUUCGAUCUCAUAAUGUCCCAGAAUGCUUUGAAGUUCUCUUCCUCUGAGAACUUGAGCCUUCUGCUUGGUCCUCUCGAAGAAGCGCAGACGAGCUCUGCUCCAAGUCCUACGUUUUCUGCAAAAAAUGAAGAUUUCCGAUUGAUGGGACACGAUCAGCAUAAUCCCAGCUAUGACCCUGACAACCUUGUUCUCCCUGAAAGUGUGGUCUCAAGCUUCGGUGAGGUUUCCAUUCCUGACGUGAUUGAGAGCACAGUUGGAUUAUUGUCUGCUGCUCAUGUUACACUACGCCAACCAAAACUCGAAGAUACAACGGAAGACGUAAGAUUAUUGGCCAGCGUCUUGAUCCACAACGAGGCAGCUGAAGGAGAAGUGACCCACGUUCUAAAAAGCUGGGUCUCGGAACUUACAGCUAAGCAACAUGAAUCUGACAAAGGUGAACAAGAUGAGAGCCCCGACCCCUCUCCACAUGAUGUCACACAACAGCAGCAAUCAAACAUGCAGCCGGGUUUAGCCUCGGAUAUCCAUGUCCCGAUGAACAAGAGGAAACGAGGGGAACGCAAAUCGGGAAGUGGUGGUUGGAACAAGUAGAAUGUGCUAUAUAUAUGUAUAACUUAUCAUCCAUGUUCACGAAGAUUUUCUCUCCAAGGUAUGUGUCCGGAGAUCAAGUCCUGCUGCAGUUUCCACACUUUCCCGGAGUUCCUGGCACCCGACGGGAGUCUAUCUUCUCGCCCUCCUUUCCAAUGCCAGUUUUGCAGGCCCGCGACGAACUCCAGUGAGGAAAUCAACAGCUUGUUCUAAGUUAUGGGGCAUUCAUGUAGAUGUAGUUCGAUGCUAUAGCAUUCCCAGUAUUUAUGAAAAAAGUUCUACCGAUCUUGAGCCUGUAAUUGUCGUUGGCAUGACAAUCAAGUGUACUGCUCGAAUAUGAGCCAAUGCAUGUAACUUCACCAAAACUCAAGAGCAUUGCCAUUCACCAAUUAAUAUCAGCGCAACAGCUCUGGAAGUUCUUCAA